AUGACCUCCAACGGUUCUUCGAAACCUCUCACAUCGUUCAAAAUUGGCGUUUUGAAGGAAGGAUUCGAAAUGUCCCUCAUGGAUCCCUCAGUCGAUAAGGCCGUGCGUUCUGCAAUCGAUGACCUGAAGAGUCUUGGUGCUGAGAUCACCGAAGUCUCAAUCCCAGAACACAACAAGAUCUGCAGCGCUUGGACGUGCGUGCAAGCGCUCGCUGGCAGCCGAGAUGGCCUUCUCGGGGAUCAAACCGGCCGCAAGGGUCUGCAGAUGACCGAUCGCGCGCAAUCCUAUGAGCCUUCGUUGUCACAAGAGAAAUUCGACUCUCUUGGUGCUGGCGCGAAGAACCUCUACAUGAAACACCUGUACGUCAUGGAGAAGUACGGAUUCUUAGUCCACGCAAAGGCAACCAACGUUAUCAGAAGACAGUGUCGUGCUUACGACGCUGUUCUGGGCUCGCUCGACGCUCUGGUCAUGCCCACUAUACCCUUCCCUGCUCCGCGCAUUUUCUUGAAGGACGAGACGGCUAGUCCUUUACAAAGGUUGCUGCGUGUAGCAGGUACCGUCCUCAACACAGCACCUUUCAACGCGACGGGUCACCCCGCUCUUACCCUUCCCGUGGGCUUCGUUCCUGCCCAAGACAAUGCAGAGACAAAGCUGCCUACAAGUUUACAGAUUGUGGGUAAGCAUUUUGAUGAAUCGACGUGCCUGAAGAUCGCGGCAGCUUGGGAGCGAAGUAAGGAAUGGAAGAAGCUUAAUUAUUGA